ACCACUCGAGGCUUAACCGAAGACACCAAAACAAACACUCACGCAUAUGCAUGAACCAUAAUGCAGGCACAACUCCUGGUGGGACCCAUCGCUCCCAUCAACGGUUCUGAUGCGUUCUCCUCGCUCUUCAAAACCGGUCUCCUGAUUUCCACCAGCCACCGCAGAAGAUCCCGCUCAGCGGUCUCGUCGACGGCGGCGAUCAACGGCGAGGAAAACUACUACGCUGUGCUGGGCGUCGCUCACUGUGCCACGUCAGCUGAUAUCAAGAAGGCUUAUCGCCUCCUCGCCCGAAAGUAUCACCCUGAUGUUAGCAAGGAUUCACAAGCCAAUGAUGUUUUCAAGACUAUCCGUCAUGCAUAUGAAGUUUUAUCUAAUGAAGUAACAAGGAGUAAGUAUGAUAGCACACUUAAAUUUCAAAACGACCUUGGCAGGUUGUACGGAGGAAACUGGAGCGACAGCCCUGAAUUUGACAACAAUGUAAGGCUCUAUAAGUGGGCUGAACUGAGGCAGAAAAUGCAGAAUGAGAGAUACUGGAAACAUUACAAAAAUCAUGACGAGAAUUCUUCCCCUUAUGAUGAAACAACAGAUGAGGAGGUUGAAGAACACCUAAAUCAAGAAAGAGGAUCCUUCACUGAAGUGCUAAGAUCCGCCUUCAUCUCUCUGUUUCUACUUCAGAUCUUUGGAUCCCGAUUAUCACUCACCUUCAGUAGUCUGACUGCAUUGUUCGAUAAAAAAUUGGAUUCUGGAUACAAGAUGGGCUAUCUAAUUGCAUGGGUUUUGGGUGGGAGAGGCGGCGUAUUGCUAGCUUUGUGCCUCACAUUUGCAAGUUGGGUGUGUGGAAAAACCAGCAGCAGUACAGUUGUUCUGGUAGUCAUAGCUAUGUGGGUUGGCUCCAAUCUCGCCAGAUAUGCCCCUCUUCCUCAAGGUGCUCUUUUAGCUCUUCUGUAUAUGUCCAUUAAGCUACAAGUUGAUCUUAGCUAAGCCGCCAUUGAUCACUGCUGCUGCGACCUAUUGAAAGAACGAGGUUCUUACCAUCUGGAAACAGAUUCUCAAUCGAAGUUUUUUUAUAUUUACAGUAUGGUAAAAGAUCUCGACACUAAAGAAAUGUUCUACCGCAUUAUUAAAAGAUUCUCAAGACUCUAUGCUCUCAUAUGUAUAAUUCUACUUUUUUAUCCCUUAAAUUAUCCUUCGUAUUGAUAAAUGUAGACAGAAUUGACGUGAAAUUUUCUUUUCCCAACAAGGAGUUCUUCUUAAAAGAAAUGGAAUCUAAGUGUUGUUCCAAUGCAA